AUGCAAGAAGGACUCUUGCACACGCCGCUGGCCUCGGCAGCUCAGAAUGGCCACACAGAAACUGUACAAGUCUUACUCGCAAAUGGGGCGAAUCCUAAUGCACAGUACAACUAUGUCGUAUUGGGAAGCGACGAAAGUUAUGAGAAAAAACCACUCCACCUGGCAGCUAGUAAUGGGCACACGGAAACGGUAAAGGUUUUACUCAAAGCCGGGGCAGAUUUCCGUGCAACAAAUGGCGCUAACAAAACAGCGCUCUGCUUAGCAGCCGGGAAAGGCCACAUAGAAACUGUGAAGGCCUUACUCGGAGCUGGGGCAAACGAGAUAACAGACAUUGAGCACUUGCAUGGCACAUCACUCCACUCAGCAGCCUCUGAAGGUCAAACUGAAAUUGUGCAAGUUCUAAUCGCAGCCGGGAUGGACCCUUCUGUACAGAACCAUUUUAAAGACACGCCGCUCCACUUUGCAGCUAGUGAAGGUCACACUGAAACAGUCCAAGCCUUACUCUCAGCCGGUGCAGAUCCUGACGUUGUUAACAGGAUGUGGGACACACCACUUAACUCGGCAGCCACGAACGGCCACACAGAAACCGUGCAGGCUUUACUAACAGCCGGGGCGAAGUUUGACAAUGCCAAUACACCGGUCCACUCUGCAGCCACGAAAGGCCACACAGAAACUGUUCAAGCUCUACUCGCAGCCGGGGCAGAUCCUAAUGCACACAUAGACGGACGCACGCCACUCCAUUGUGCAGCCAUGGAAGGUCAUCCGGAAAUUGUGCAAGUUCUGCUUACAGCCGGGGCAACUCUCGACGCACGGGACGAUUGUGAGAUAUAUAAAAACGGAAACACAGCGCUCCACUGGGCAUCCACCAAUGGUCACACAGAAACUGUCCAAGUUUUACUCACAGCAGGGGCAGACCGUAAUGCACAGAACAACGAAGGCAACACCGCUCUCCAUGUUGCCGUUACAACUGGACGUCCCCAGUAUGUAUCUGAACUAUUGAAAACUGGGGCUGACAGUAGCAUCAAGAACAAUGAUGGCCAAAUGGCAGCGGAGUUGUCUGGUCUGCUAUAUGGGAGCCAGCAGAGGACUGCUGUCCUGAAUGUUUUCAAAGCGUACAAAGGUAAGGAAUGUGACGUCACUCCUUACAUCCCCUUCAUCGCAGAAAGAGUGGGUUCGAAAUGGAGAGACCUGGCUGGCCGGCUGGGCUUCUCUGCAGACGACAUCGAUGGAUUUGCUGCCAGCUUACGUAGCGAUGGCGACCAGGCUUCCUGCAGGAACAUGUUGGAACAGUGGCAACAGAUAGAAGAAGACGAGGGCAUCUUGAAGCUACAGGUCGUGAAGGCAGCAUUAUUGGGCAUGGAGCUGCAGGACGUAACAUGUACUCUUCAGACACGACUUGAUGCUGUAGUCAGGGGACAAGCGGCAUUGGUCCUGACUGCAGAUUUCCUAGUUGACAACCUGGACAGAGACACUGUCACUCAUUUCAUGGAGAACAGAGGUUUAUCAUCAAAACAUACACCAAUGCCAGAUCUAGUAAACGCAUUGGUAGACUGUAUCAAAGCACCUGAAGACUAUGAGGACCUCUUGCAGUCAUUGGUGGAGGGUGGACAGGCAUUCCUGUCGAAAGAGAUAAGAUCCCUUGAAUGGAAGACAGCUGAUAGCGAGGACACAGUCGUUUCGGCUAAGCCCCACAUACGUGGAACGGUUAAAGGCUUAAUUUCUAAAGAGAAGACAAAAGCCUUGUCACCCACCCAAUGGCAACUCGGGCGAUACCUUUCCCGUACAAAGCAAAGAAUCAAAUUGAUUCUCCUUGGAGAAACCGGAUGUGGAAAGACAAGUCUCUGCCUGACCAUGAUCCUUGGACAAGCCCAUCUAGUGGAGGAGUCAGACAGAACAAUAGGGGUGGACAUCUUGUCAUACAUUGAUGAGAAACAUGGCAUUGAGUACAAAAUCUAUGACUUUGGUGGCCAUAACGUAUACCACUACACACACCGCUUCUUCCUGACACAUCUCGGGCUAUAUCUGCUCUGCGUCGACCUGCCAGACUAUAAGUCAGGAGAGCUUCAAGAGCGUGUCGGCAAGUGGAUGACGUCCAUCUCUUCUCACGUCACAAAACCAGCCCUGAUUGUCGUGGGGACGAAAACCGAUGAGGGUGAUGUCACAAAAAAAAAAGCUUUGUUGCGGCGAGAUAUCAAGUUUGCCGAGACCGCAGUCAGGCAGUCACUCCAGACGGAGAUCAGCAGAUGCCAGGAAACGCUUGACAACAGGGAACAAGGGAUUCAGCCGGCAGAUGAUCACUUUGUAGGCCUGUCACGUGAAGAAAUACUGCGCAAGAAGCUGUCACUACAAAAACUACUAGAUGGCCGCUCGGAAGACCUCAUUGACGUCCACAUCGUGCCAGUGAGCAGUAAGAGGAACGAGGGCAUAGAUGUCCUCAGACGCAAGAUGGCUCAUAUCGUGCAAGAGCGCCUUACUGAUUCUUACACUGGCGUGGGGAAGGAACAGGCUUGGUCCAACUUUGAAAAUAUCAUACACCAGGAAACAUCCAAAACCUACCUAAACCUUGAGGAGUGUAAGCAACUAGGAGAGGCUGUAGGAAUGAAGAGCGAUGAUGUUCUGAAUGCCCUGGAGUAUCUCCAUGUGACUGGCGAGAUCCUCUUCUACCGACACAUCCAGGGUAUGGAGGACAAAGUGUUUCCGGACCCGGACAUCAUCCUAAAGCUUUUCAAGCAGCUCUUUCGACAUGACAUGGCCGAGCAUAUACAAAAGGCAGAGAAACUGUUAACCGUGGAAAGAACACAGUUUCUUGAUGAGGGCGUUUUGAGCGACGAGUUUGUCGAUGCAGUCCUACCUGAGCAAGCAGAAUCCUUCCGCCUUCUUCUGCCACUGAUGAAACACUUUGGCCUCUGCUUCAACAGAACUGUUACCAUGAUGGCUAAUGUGCCGAAUGCCGAGGAAGAAGAGGUUGCUGCGCGUUGGCAUGAAGUUCUUGAAGAAGGUGAGAAGGAAAUCAAGGUAACGAUGAAGUCCCUGGAUGUUAACAGCGAGCACCCUAUUGGGUUAGGAGAGUCCCUUGCAUGCCGCAUAGUACAGAUGAGCGAGGGGGGACGACGGCUGGUGAAGAGAAAUGCGGUUAUAAACAAUGUUGGUAAUAUGGACGUCAUGUACCGACGUGUGCUCGAUGAGAAGAAGACGCUACAGAAAGGGCAAACAGACACCAGCAAGAUGGACCAUCAGCAAGUGGACGAGAUUUACCUUCGUACAGAGGGAAAGCAAGCAUGGAGAAGGAUAAAGGAUCUCGUCAAAAAGAUCAAGCCAUGUUUAGAGGAAUACAGAACCAGAAUAAGUGAAGAUCGUGUGACUGUCACUGGAGACAAGAAGGUAGCAUCAAUCCCUUUGGAGGCUCUACACAAGCAUACUGGAGAGGACCUGGAUAAGAUCUUCCUUGGACAAUGGCAAGAACCAAUACAGCAACGUGGUGUACCCAGUGCGGAUAAGGCGAAUAAGUACAUCAUAGACAGUAGCCUUUACGACCUGAGUUCGAAACUCGGUGAAAACUGGACACGUCUGGCCACAGAACUUCAGCUGAAAAGACUGGACAUAGAGGUUACAGGUCUGAGCGGCGUCACUCAGCGGGUAUUCCGAGCGCUGCAACUGUGGCGAGACAAAUCUGGGCAUGGACCUUUGCACUACCUCCCUCAGCUAAUACGGGCUCUGGACGUGAUGAGGAAACAUGACCUUGCUCUGGAUGUUCAAGCCGUCCUUAAGGACUAUCGUCACAGAUUGCCUUUAAUCACUGUAAACCCUGAAAAGACAUCGGACGGCAAAGAAUGCCAAAAGUGGUCGCUGCCCCAUGAGGGUAAGUUCUUCUGUAAAGGCGCCGAUCUGCGAGUCAUCACCCCCUAUCCACUCUACGUGACUAGUGUGCUGUGGUCUGGGGAACCGUGGACUCACGGUUUGGACUGCGUUCCGAUGGGGCCGCAAUUCCGCUUCCAGUUCCGCUGUGAUGAUGCUAAGGAGCCUGUGGAGAUCGACCUGCCUCUUAUUGUAAGUGUGACAGGUAGCAGACUUGGAAUUCCACUGGAUCCCGAUGUAAAGCUGCUUUGUAUGGACUACGACAAGGACGCAUUUCGAGACGAAGUCCUGUUUGAAAGUCGAGUUAAGGGCGACCGUAUCACCGCUCAUCUCACUAAAGAUGCCCGUGUUGGUCCUGUUGGAGAACUACACAUGAUCUGCGAAGGUCUUAAGAUCGAACGCGGGACUUAUGGCCCUUCGCACGACCUGAAGGAUGUGGAAAAGAUGCUGGCCAGCAUGGGGUGGAAUGAUCAAUCACUUGUUGUGCGCAGGAUGUUUCAGGAGAAAGUUUCUUCAAUGGAAAAGAUAGAAAUACAGCCUGACGUGUCCACUGAUGAAGAUGGUGUCACAAAAUUCCGGAUGACGCUUCCAACCGGACGUGAGUUAACCGGAUACGGUAAGUACAUCUGCAAGGAGACAGGCAUCGGGAUCGUCACUUCAUGGAACGGAUCCUGGUCUAUGACGAUGACAUAUGAGACAAGGUAUAUGCUUGACCAAUGGGAACAUCAAGACGACUUCGUUCCUGUGGGCCCCACGUUUUCCAUCCACUGUGACGUUCCAGAGGACAUGCCUGUAGAAAUCCUGCUACCGCACAUCCUCCAUCUAUCAAAAGAUGACGUGAUGAAGAUAACAGAAGAAGAGGCAAAAGUUGUCCAUGUGACUGACAAGAAGGAAGAGCUGCUCCCGGCGGUGAUCACACCUACACAUCUCAUCUUUCGUCAUCGGAAGGGAAGCUUGGUGUGGAGUGUAAUCGCCAAGCUACUCGGAAGAACCUUUCCAAGGAAAUGUCUUUUCGCUAUGUUUAGAUCACCGUGGACAAGUAACCGUGUAGAUAUGAAGGUUUUCAUCGUCUCCAACACCAAGGGUGUUAUAAAGACUCUACAAGAUGCCAUAAAGGACUUAUGUGGGGAGCAUCCAUUUUCCCUGUUAGACAGCAGGGCCUGUGUGUUGGUGUCUGGCCAAACCUACUGCUUGCAUGUAGCGGUGGAGAAUGGUACAUUGCCGAUUCACAACCCGAUGCCACCAAAAGGCAUUCCAUACGAAGACACAUUGGACGACAGUACAUAUCCACAGACGUUUGAACUCACGAUUCAGAGAAGCAGUGACGACGUCGACGUAAAACUGGACGUACAGCUUCGAGCUAAGGGGUCUGAUGAUGACAAUGAUGAUGUCUGCCAGAUGACUAAGUUCAUAGCAUCUGCAGACACCGUCAAAUCAUCCCAUACGAAAGAUCGUUCAGCUCAAGGAGCUUCAUCAACAGAUCCUCAUGUUUCACCUAUCGGUACGCUUCACCUUUACCGUGUCCAGAGUGUGUGCACGAUCCUGUUCGUCAACGACAGGUAUGGGACAUCUAUAAACGACAUCUCCAUUGUAAGCUGCGAGCUCGCACAGCUGCUAACCCAGGCCGGGGCGGAUGUAUAUUUUACAGUUCUCAGUGCGUCUCCGGAAGAUAAGAGGGAUGCAGAAAAGCACAGGGUAAACUUAAUCACGCCAUUUCAAGAGAAAGGUGACACAAGGGAGCCGUCGUUAAAAUGGCUGGAGUUUGAGCACGAAUACCGAUAUCCAAACCUUCCUACAAAUGUGGACUGCAUCAUUGGUCAUGUUGACAUCACUGACGAGGCCGCCGAAAGCAUUAAAGAUGAGCGAUAUCCAAAGGCACAGGUGGUCACUGUCAACCAUGUCAUACCAAAGGUUGAAUGGAACCGGAGGCAAAAUCCGAGAAAACCUCCGAGUGUUUUUGAUGAAGCAAAGACUUUAAUUUCUGUCGGGCACCCAGUUUACAAGAAUUUUCAGAACUAUGGCAGAAGAUACCAUGAGAUAAGUCACGACCUCUUUCUCCCACGACCGCCCCAGCUCUUUGCAGACACGACAGUAAAACCCGCUACGGGUAAGAAUGAAGAGAAGGUUCUGCUCACUACUGUACCGGUGAAAGAUAUGGAAAGUCUUUGCCUUGUCGCAGAAGCAAUUGGGGAAGUUGCAGAGGUGAUAAGGGAUGUGAGAUGGCACGCUCGUUGCAUCGGUGACGUUGAUCAUGAGACGGCCAUGAAAACCAUUGAAGACCAUUUACAGAGAAGUAAGCUGAGUAAGCUGAUGCCCACUCUGCUACCUUGUGGAACACAGGAAGAUCUAAGGGGUGAUAUAAGGACAGCCCAUCUAGUCCUGGUGCCGUACCACUCUGAGCCAUUCGGUAUAGUUGGACUUGCGGCUAUCGCAGCCGGAGUCCCCGUCCUCAUCUCGGACAAUUCGGGACUAGCAGAGCUGAUCAAAGACUUGAUAAUUAGGAAGAAAUGUCACCCAGAUCACCGGCACAGGCUGGUGACAACAGGCCAACGGAGGUCCCCUUGCGAUGCCAAGAAAUGGGCCAAAAGAAUCAAGGACACCCUGGAGCACAUUGAGGCAGAAUUUGAAAACGCAGCCAAAUUCAAGCAGGAGCUUAUGGAUUCCAAGUACUGGGAAGAAUCUCACAAAGUCUUCAUUGAGAAGUGUGGCAUCAGUGCUACAUGAUCCUACACAUCUAA